UGCAAUCCAUAGCAACUUCUACAACUUAGCAUUUUACAACAAGCCUGCAUAAAUUAUUUAGUUAUUGUUGUACUUGAUACUUAAUAUGGCUCAAACCAUGAGCAUUGUCAUGCUCUUAUCUCUUAUAGCUUUUGCUCCUCUUGCAUUUUCUCAAAAAACUGGAAGUCUGAGUCCAAAAUUCUAUGACCGGUCUUGCCCUAAGGCAGUUGAAAUUGUGAAGUCUGUCGUCGCAAAUGCUGUCGCCAAGGAGACUCGGAUGGCGGCUUCACUGCUCCGCCUUCAUUUCCAUGACUGCUUCGUAAAGGGCUGUGAUGCGUCGAUAUUAUUAGACAGCACGGGUACCUUAAUCAGUGAGAAGAGGUCCAACCCUAACAGAAAUUCAGCUCGCGGAUUUGAAGUCAUUGAGCAGAUAAAAUCUGCACUAGAGAAGGAGUGCCCUCAAACCGUCUCGUGUGCAGAUAUCAUGGCCUUGGCUGCAAGGGACUCUACUGUUCUGACGGGAGGACCUAGUUGGGAGGUUCCGUUGGGAAGAAGGGAUGCUAGAGAUGCAAGUUUGAGUGGCUCUAACAACAAUAUUCCUGCUCCAAACAACACUUUCCAGACCAUCCUCACAAAGUUCAAGCUCAAAGGCUUAAAUGUGGUUGAUCUUGUUGCUCUUUCAGGAAGUCACACAAUCGGAAACUCAAGAUGCACCAGCUUCAGGCAGAGGCUGUACAAUCAGUCGGGCAAUGGGCAGCCUGAUUACGCGUUGGAUCAGUCGUACGCAGCUCAGUUGAAACCUCGGUGUCCAAGAUCGGGUGGUGACCAGAACCUUUUCGUAUUAGAUUUCGUCACUCCACUAAAGUUUGAUAACAACUACUUCAAAAACUUGUUAGCUUCAAAGGGCUUGUUGAAUUCUGACCAAGUUCUUGUGACCAAAAGUGAAGCAUCUUUGGAGCUAGUAAAGAAAUAUGCAAACGAUAACAAGGCAUUCUUUGAGCAAUUUGCCAAGUCCAUGAUCAGAAUGGGAAACAUAACUCCAUUAACGGGUUCCAAAGGUGAGAUCCGAAAGAUUUGCAGGAAGAUGAACAAGUAAGAACAGAGUGUAUGUUGGCACCCUCAGGAAUAAAUAUGAUACCAUGUUAGGCAUUUCGUUUUCUCAGUUUUGUGAUUCUCUUUUUCGACGUUGAGUGGGUAUCCAUCCACUUCUGUAGUGGAAUUUGUAUUUUAUGGUUUAUAGUAAUUAAAAUCUUUAUACGUUUGUUCUUA